AUGCCCUCGACAACGCUCUCACAGCUCGCAAAGCUCAUAAGCGACUCCGUCGCAGUUAUAGAGUCCUCCUGCGCCAAGAGGGGCGUUGAGGUUCCGAGCCUCGAGUCUCCUUUCGAUCCAGCUUCUGAAGCCUUUCGUGCUGACCCUGCCACGGCCAAGGCCAUCAACAUCGCGUCCGUCGCUGCACUCCAGCUUAACGCGAUAAUUCAGCCACCUCAUGUCUCGGUCUUCCAAAAAUGCACUGGCCAUUUUGAGGCCGCUGCUAUUCACGUCUUAGCUGAGACCAACACAGUUGAGAUCCUGAGAGAAGCCGGUCCAAAGGGUCUGCACGUUAACGAUAUCUCCAAGAAAAAUCAACUGGAUCCUCGAAAAUCAGGCGAUGAAUAUCCACCAGCCCGACUACUUCGAUACCUUGCUACAAGCUUUAUGUUCACCGAGAUCGAGCCAGAUGUAUUCGCCAACAAUCGGCUUUCUUCUAUGCUUGACACUGGGAAAGCACCGGAGGAGCUGGCAGCGAAUCCUCUCGAAAGACACACAGGAUUCGCCGCUCUUAUGGCCCACGAAUACCAGGAGGGUGCGGUGGCCAUCACUUCUUUGUUGAAGACGUUGAAAGAUCCCAAGACUGCCUUCUCGGACGAACCUACUGAAUCACCAUGGAACGUCGCUACGGGGGCCACACUUCCGUACUGGUCGCACAUUGAGACUCCGGGAGAAGAAGAUCGCUUGCAUCGGUUCUCUGCAGUCAUGCAGGGAAUAGCUGCGAUGCUACCCCCUGGCGAGAUUUUGAAAGGAUUCGACUGGAAGAAGUUGACUUCAGAAGACGUUAUUGUAGAUGUUGGGUCGGGUGUUGGCGCCAUCUCGCUUGUGUUGGCAAAGGAGGUUCCUGAUGCUCGAAUAAUCCUUCAAGACACGUCACCAGUGCUUGAGCACGCACAGAAGGUGUGGAGUAAGGAAUUUCCUGCCGUCGUGGAAUCGGGCCGCGUGGUCCUCCAAGCACAUGAUUUCUUCACUCCCCAACCCGCCCACAAUGCAACCGUAUUCCUCUUAAAACAAAUUCUGCACGACUGGUCUGACCCUUACGCAUCGAAGAUUUUGAGCAUGUUACGCUCGGCCGCGACCCCGAAAACUAAACUCAUAAUUGCGGAGUGUCUUGUGUCUUACCCAUGCCGCUACGGAGAGGGUAACAACGACACUAUUUCUGUGACCGCCAAGGAUGAUGCCCCGGCUCCCUUGCUUGCAAACUACGGUCCAAUCAACAGCACUGAAUAUAUACUCGACAUGACGAUGCUUCUUUUGCAUGGCGCUCAAGAGCGUACGAUUCUCCAGUUCGACAGACUUCUCAAGAAAAGCGGGUGGAAGGCGGUCAGAGUUUAUCGAUCUAAUUCGUCGUUCUUGCAUCAGAUUGAGGCUGUUCCAGACCUUUGA